UACUCUCAAGAUCUUAAAAUUAGGAUCUUUAAAGAUUUUUCUUUUUCUCCAGCUAAUUUUCUGGACCCCUUUGUAAUUUCGAGGCCCCAUGCUUUACUUUGUGCCUUCAAAUACUCAACUAAGUAAGUGCAUUUGCGUUAAUUUCAACCAAAAAUAAAUACUUACCAAAUUAGCAACUGCUUUAAUUUAUUGUUUCUAAUGAGUUCUAUAAGCAAGAAGAACAAACAUAUGCCAUGCUCAGCAUGCAAGCUUCUUCGUAGACGCUGCACUCAAGAUUGCAUUUUCUUGCCUCACUUUCCAGCUGCUGAACCACAAAAAUUUAUUGCUGUUCAUCGCAUUUUUGGUGCUAGCAACAUCAGCAAAACGUUACAAGAGAUACCAAAGGAGAAUAGAGAAGAUGCAGUGAUCAGCAUGGUCUAUGAAGCUACGGCAAGACUCAGAGAUCCAGUUUAUGGCAGUGUAGGCAUCAUUUCUGCCCUCCAGAAACAUGUCUUUCACUUGCAAUCCGAGUUAAACAAAGCUUUAGAUGAAGCAAUGUGUCUCAGAAUCCAGUUACCCGAUCCUUUAUCCUUACCCUCCCUGCUGGAAGGUUCUCCACUCACUUCCGAGAACCAUGAGUUUCACCAUUCUCAGAAUCCAAGGGAGCAAAAUGCAUAUGCUAAUGCCUCAGAUGCCUUGCUUCUACUUCCAGAAGCAGCAGAUUAUUGUUUCCAAGAAACUGAAGUUCUUCCACUGCCUUAUUUGGGCAUAUAGGUCUUCAAUAUGGACAACAGUAGACUGUCAAUAUUUGCCUUUCAUUUAACACCUUAUCAUGUUCUUUUUCUUCCCCUGCUACUCAUCUAGUCAAAUAUAUAAGUGGAUUUCGCUAAGAUAAUGUUCCAAGGCCGCAGAUAUACUAGUUUCUUCAUGCUUUGGACCUCCGAAUGAAAAAAGAUUUAAGUUAUAUACACCAACACUGUAAAAGCUUUUACACUAUCGGUGCAAUUUAACUCCAGGGUCAUCAUAUCAUGCUUGAUUUCAGAAGUUAAGUGUUUUAGUAGGUCAACUUUACCUGAUGGUGCAAAUGUAUAAAGCUGGUCAGUAGAGCAGGUGAAUAACGCAUGAACUACCAGUGAGCACUGCAACUGAUUCAUGAUAUUAUGCA